UAGCAUUAACUUCUGUUAUCUAUUUUGGUGAACAAGUAAUUGAAGCAGCACUGCAAGAUCUGAAACCAUUAUGUCCCUAUAACUAAAAAAUCUAUAGACGUUGAAGGUAGCAUUUGUUUGUUCAUUAAUGCAAUGCAAAUGCAUCAUGUUAAAUUCCUCUGCAAAAAUCUCGAGAAUGGGACCCACCGCAGUUACGCAACUCUGUCAGUCAAAAUGCAUGAGCAAUGAGAGCCUCUUGCAAUUGUAUUCAUAACGACACCCUCCUACUAUUACUAUUAUUUUAUGAACCCCCCUCACUCUUCCCACUUGUCAUCCACAUCACCAAAAUACAAAACCCCUAACAAAAACUAAUCCCAAAAUCUCUGUACUGUCAUUUUCCUGAAAGAUCUGCACUUUCUUCACCAAAAGCUCCUGCUUCCAACAUACACGCACUUUCAUUUCAUUUCUCACACGUUGUAUGAAUGGCAACUUUUAAGGUUGCUGUUGUUCUUUUACUUGUUCUACUUUUCAGACCCCUUUUUGUUCAUUCUCAAGAACUUUACAAUUCAAAUAUGAAUCCGUUGGAUCUCAAAGCUCUUCUUUCCAUCAAAACCACUCUUACUGAAAUCUCACUCACCAGCCACUUCUUCUCCACCUGGAACCUCACCGCACCAAAUCCCUGCUCCUCAUUCUCCGGGGUCACUUGCUACUUCAACCGAGUCACCAUUCUCUCACUCGGCACCGACUCACUCCAACUCGCCGGAUCACUCCCCGCAUCCAUCUCCUCACUCACUGAGCUAACCCAGCUCAUCCUCUCCCCUGGAAUCGUCACCGGUUCCAUCCCUCCCCAACUCGCUCAGCUCACCAAACUCCGAGUCAUCUCAUUGCCUAACAACCGCUUCACCGGGACCAUACCCUCCGCAUUGUCAUUUCUUACAAAUCUCCACACACUCGACCUCAGUCAUAAUCAACUCGGCGGGUCAAUCCCACCGGGUCUCACCGAGUUGCCGCAACUCAGAAUCCUAAUCCUCGCUUCAAAUUCCCUCACCGGCUAUUUACCAGAAAACGUUUCCUCGCCGUUACUUCAUUUGGACUUGAAGAACAAUCAACUCACAGGACCGUUACCAACGUCAAUACCGUCAUCUCUCCGUUAUCUAUCCUUAUCACAGAACCGAAUGUGGGGUCCACUUACCAACGGAUUAGAGUCGCUUUCAGAGUUAGAGUUUCUCGACCUCAGUAUGAACCAAUUAAUUGGGCCUAUUCCAGCCCAACUCUUCUUCAGGCCCACGCUCUCCUCACUCUUCCUACAACGGAACAAUCUCUCUGGCGGGCUUCCACAGAGGCCCAAGGAAGGACAACCGUCGAUCGGAUCCUCAUCGUACGGUCAAGGAUCCAUAGUUGAUCUGAGUCAUAACUCACUUAGUGGAGAAUUAUCCACGGUGUUUGAUGGAGUUGAAAGCUUAUUUUUAAAUAAUAACCGUUUGAUGGGGAGAGUGCCUGAGGAGUACAUUAACAGCGUGUGUAGCGGAAGCACCAGAACACUGUAUCUUCAGCAUAACUACUUCACAGGUAUACCGUUGGAAAAGGGAACGGUGAUGCCAGAUACGGCGUUAUUGUGCUUGUUGUACAACUGCAUGAAGCCGCCGGCGACGCUGAUGACGUGUCCAGCAAGUGCAGGCGAAGAAUUGUCUAGACCAGCAGCACAGUGUUCUGUGUUUAACAAUGGCGACCGUGAUUAAUUGUAUUAUACCGAGUCUAUUAAUAUGGAGGUUUAAGUACACUUCAAUUUUCUUUUCUUUUUUGUUAUAACAGUAAGUGUAUUUUGGUGUAGAGAAACUUGGAUGAUUAAAUGAAUAAUAUUGGAAUGAAACAGUUUCUAUUA